CCAUCACCACCACCUACUAUCUACUUACUACCUUACCUACCCAUACACCCCCCACCCCCCAACAAACAAACAGACAAUCCAUCCAUUGAAGCCCAAUUCAAGCUCAGACCACCAAACCCAACUCCCACGAGUUACAACCCGCCAAGCCGUUACAUACAUACCACCUACUACCUACCACCUACCACCUCUCACCUCCAUGCGUCAUGCUACACACUACAUUCAACCAAAGUCAAACCCGUGAAGUGAAUAAUGAGGAGAUGUGGUACAUAGCUGUCCCCGGUGCCUGGUCCCCGGUCCCCGGUCCGGUCCCCGCUUGCCGGUGGGUGCGUUACACUUUUCUGGGGCAGAGUAACAAAGAUAUUUAGGUAGUUAGUAAGUGGUAGAUUGAUGGGGGGGGGAAGGUGGGGAAAUGGAUGGAUAUGGGUUUGUUGCACGGGAGGUUUAUCGGGAACUACGU